CAAAGAUUCAAAUGUCUUCUCCAUCACCUAACAAAACAGAUAAAAUACCACCCCACAGCAAAAAUACAAAACACGAAAGCCGAGGUAAAAUCCAGGCACACCCCCACCAAACUUUACCGUUGCCCCUCACUCCUGCAAACACACGGACUCUCUCUCUCUCAAAGUCUGAACUUUCGGUCCUCAGCUAUGGCGGACAAUGAUAUCUCCUCCCCUCUUCUCUCUUCCCAGCCAUCCGAUACACCGCACCUAACCAUCAUUGUCAACGCCUCCGACUCCGACAAUCAUUCUGACAACAAAAGAAUCAACAACGGUAACAAUGGUAAUCAUCAAAACGGUCGGGAUUCUCACUCCAGAAACCCGUUCGAGUUGAUCGGUUCUAAGGGGCUGGAAGUACCCGGUCCGGCCACGGUAGACCCGUUUCGCAACGAGACUCCAACCAUCGACGGGCUAUACGAGUGGGUGAAGAUCGUGGUUUGCUUACCGAUUGCGGCGGUCAGGCUCGUGAUAUUCGGCGUUUGCUUGCUGGUGGGAUUUUUGGCGACCAAGUUAGCGCUCGAGGGCUGGAAGGACAAACAGAACCCCUUGCCCAGGUGGAGGUCUAGGAUUAUGUGGGUCACUAGGGUCUGCGCUAGGUUUAUUCUCUUCUCUUUCGGCUAUCAUUGGAUAAGACGGAAAGGAAAACCUGCUCCAAGGGAGACCGCUCCAAUCGUUGUAUCUAAUCAUGUGUCAUUCAUUGAACCCAUCUUCUAUUUUUACGAGUUAUUCCCUACCAUCGUGGCAGCUGAAUCCCAUGAUUCCAUACCUUUUGUUGGAACUAUUAUUAGAGCGAUGCAGGUGAUUUAUGUCAAUAGAUUCUCACCGUCAUCGAGGAAGCAUGCUGUUAAUGAAAUAAAGAGAAAGGCUUCUUGCGAUGGAUUUCCUCGAUUACUAUUAUUUCCCGAGGGAACCACAACUAAUGGAAGCGCUCUUAUCUCAUUCCAACUUGGUGCAUUCAUCCCAGGAUACCCAAUCCAACCAGUAGUUGUCCGCUAUCCUUACGUACACUUUGACCAAUCAUGGGGGAAUAUCUCUUUGGCAAAGCUCAUGUUUAGAAUGUUCACACAGUUUCACAAUUUUAUGGAGGUGGAAUACCUUCCUGUGGUAUCACCACUCACUAAUCGAAAAGAAAGCAUCAUCCACUUGGCUGAGAGGACUAGCCAUGCUAUUGCAACUGCACUUAAUGUAACAGAAACCUCUCAUUCCUAUGGGGACUUAAUGCUUCUUACGAAAGCAUUGCAAUCAAGACAGGAAAAGCCUUCAAGUUAUAUGGUUGAAAUGGCUAGGGUGGAAUCAUUGUUCCAUAUAAGCAGCUUGGAAGCUGUGGACUUUUUGGAUAAAUUUCUGUCAAUGAAUCCAGACCCAAGUGGCUGUGUUAGAUUUUAUGACUUCUUAAGUGUUCUAAGACUGAAGGCUUGUGCUCUUUCUGAAGAGAUAUUUGCAUUCAUUGAUGUGGAGAAAAAUGGAACAAUCACAUUCAAGCAGUUCUUAUUUGGAUCAGCACAUGUCAUGAAGCAGCCAUUAUUCAGGCAAGCUUGUGAAUCAUCCUUUACUGAAUGCACGGCUGGGGGAAAUGAUUACCUUCUUGAACAUGAAUUGGGAGAUUUUUUUGGUCGUGGAAUCCCAGACUUGAAUGCUGGUGAUGUCCAUGGUCUGUUCAAUUUAUUUGAUUCUGAUAAUGAUGGGAAGAUCAGUAAGGAUGAUUUUGAUUCCUGCCUAAGAAAGAAUCCUUUGCUGAUAGCACUUUUCUUACCUUGUUUGCUGCACAAGGGCUUCUCAGAAACUGGUGUUAGAACGCUGGAGGGCAUGGUGCUAUGAAUGAGUGUUUCCAUGCACUUGUAGGUUUAUCUUUUACCCCCGUGAUUGUUGAGUUUUGUAUUGGGGAAAUAGAUGGGAGAAAAAAAGGGAGGGGGUGAUGCUUGUAGUUACCACAACGAGUAUAGGCGGCGGGGCUUUAAUAUUUUCAAAACCCCGCCCUAUAAUAUGCUCAUAAGUCAUUUCCAUUCAGUUUGGGUAGUAACCCGUACUCUAUUUCUGUUGUUUCAAACCUGAUUUUGGGAAUUUUCAUUGAUUUGUUUAAAUUGAUCAAAUUGUGUUCC